AUGGGAUCUUCUAUUGUUCAUGUUGCCGUUUAUGUGGAUGAUAUUUUGUUAACCGGCAAUAAUGAGGAAGAAAUGGUAGCCCUAAAGUCUUUUCUUCAUUCCACUUUUAAGAUCAAAGAUCUCGGGUCACUCAAUUAUUUUCUGGGCAUUGGAGUUCUAAAAGUCCCUCAUGGAACCAUUAUGACUCAAAGAAAGUUUGCACAAGAUCUUUUACAAGAAUUUCAAGAUUUUGAUGCAUCAGUAACUAUUUGUCCUUUGCCUGCAAAUUUACAACUCUCACAUGAUACUGGUCCAUUAUAUCAUGAUCCUCUUCAACAUAGAAGACUGGUUGGAAAACUCAAUUAUCUUACUCAUACAAGACCUGAUUUGGCCUUUGCAGUUCAGUUUUUAAGUCAGUUUAUGAAAGAACCACGCUUACCUCAUUGGGAAGCAGCUCUACAUACUUUGCAUUAUGUCAAAGGGACAUCAUCACAAGGUUUGUUUUUUAAUGAUUCCCAAGAUUUUAAGCUGGAAGCCUAUUGUGAUUCAGACUGGGCUGCUUGUCUUAAUACCCGCAAGUCUGUUACUGGUUAUUUCAUUUUACUUGGCGGAAGUCUUAUUUCUUGGAAAUCAAAGAAACAAGCUACUGUUUCUUUAAGUUCAGCUGAAGCUGAGUAUCGCUCUAUGAGAAGGGUUACUGCUGAACUCACAUGGCUCACCAGGUUACUUCAUGAAUUUUCUAUCCCUUCUAUACUUCCCAUUCCAUUGAAAUGUGACAGCCAAGCUGCAAUCCAUAUUGCCAAGAAUCCGGUUUACCAUGAACGAACUAGACAUAUAGAAUUGGAUUGCUACUUUUUUCGUGAGAAACUUCAAGAUGGUCUUAUACACUUAUCUCAUAUUGCAAGUCAGGAUCAACCGGCUGAUCUGUUUACAAAGAGUCUUCCAAGCUCAAAACACAAUUUUUGUGUGUCCAAGUUGGGGCUAUCCUACCCUCCAACUUGA